AUGUUUACAAAGAUUUUCAGCUCAUUUCGACAUCAGAAUAUCUUUCGAAAUACUGCCAAACAAUUGAUGCUGGUUGGAUUAUUAUCAACUAUUUACUAUAGAUAGAAACUAAGCUUGCAAGUCAACCCCAACAUCAAGCAAUAUGGCGAUAGGCUGAAUCGAGCAUUUAAAAGGACAUUAGAACCUGAAGAUGAUUUUUAGUAUAUCCAUAUAUCUAUCAUAGCAAAAAUACGAUUAUCUUAUCGGGUAAUUCAAAUAAAGAGUUGGCAGAAGGUAUUAUUCCAUUAAAUUGAUUAUUAGAGAUUGCUGAAUAUUUGAAUAUUAAAUUGGGCAGUGUUACCAUUGGAAGAUUUGCAGAUGGGGAAUGCCAAAUUUAAGUUUACAUAAUACAUAACAUAGGUUCUCGACAAUAUUAGAGGAAAAGAUGUUUUUAUCAUACAAUCCACUUCUCCUCCUGUCAACGAUAAUUUAAUGGAAUUAUUAUUAUUAGUAUCUGCUUUAAGAAGAGCAUCAGCAAGAAAAAUAAUUGUUGUGGUUCCUUACUACGGAUAUGCAAGACAAGUAUCCUAAAUAACAUAUUUUCAGGAUAGAAAAUGUGCACCAAGAGUUCCUAUUUCUGCUGCAGAUGUGGCUAGAUUAUUAGAAACAGUUGGGGUGGAUAGACUUAUAUCAGUUGACUUACAUUGUGGAUAAAUUCAAGGGUUCUUUGGACCCAGAGUACCAGUAGAUAAUCUUGAAGCAAAUUUAGUUGCUCAAAAUUAUUUAGCACUUCAAAAUAAAUAUCAAUUUAAAGAUGUCGCUAUUAUUUCACCAGAUGCAGGUGGUGUGUAUAGGGCAAAGAAAUUUUAAGAAUAGUUUGAUUAACAUCACCCUGGAAUUCAGUCCCAUUUAGCUAUGAUUAUUAAGUAAAGAGAAGGUCCUGGAAAAAUUGCAUCCAUGAACUUAGUUGGUUCAGUCAGAGGAAAGGAUUGCAUCAUAGUUGAUGACAUGAUUGACACAGCAGUACAUUUAGUUGUAUAUUUACAAAGGGCACACUAUCUGAAGCUGCUAGAGUCUUGAAGGAACAAGGAGCCAACAGAGUUUUUGCAUUUGCAACUCACGCCUUAUUCUCUGGCAAAGCAUUUACAAAUCUCUCCAGUCCUUCCCUAGAUUAGAUUAUAGUUACGAAUACAAUUCCUUCAAAACCCCAAGAAGAAGAGAUUUUAGGUGAAAGAAUCUGUAGAUUGUCUGUUGGUAUCUUAUCUAGAUAAUUUUAGCUCCUCUAUUAGCAGAGGCUAUUUAUAGAGUUUAAAAGAAGGAAAGCGUUUCAACUUUAUUUGAUACGAAACAUUGA